AUGUCUCAUCCCGAUGACUGGCCGGAGGAGGCCAAGAAUGAAAUCUCUAGGCUCGAGUCCGCCAAUUAUGCGCUUCAGCAGGAGGUGGGUCUCUCUGUAGCCAAGAUCAUUUCACUCCAGAGUGAAGACGACCAGAUUGCAGAUGGCGAUUUGAAGAGAAGAUUCGAAGAGAUGUGCGCCAAUAUCGAGGACUGGACCACGGCCAUCGAGGUGGAAUUUCUCCAGCAGGGGCGGGAGUUUCGCCAGGCAUUCCACCAAUUACUUGAUGAUGACCCUGGGCGGAGGUUGCUGUAUUGUUGGGGAUUGCUGGAACGCCCCCAUGACCCUGGUGAGGAGAUUGAAAAGCUGUACUGGCUAGGCCAGCUCGACACAUGUAUCAAGAUUGUCUUGUCACGCGUCAUAUGGCAAUCCUUGUACGCUGAAGUCUUCAUCAAGACAUACCCUCCUGGAACAAACGACGACGCUGCCAAAGGGCUGGAUUAUAUCACCGACGCAAUCAGGCUCGGCGCGGACGGAAGACCCAGUGAAGGUCAGUCGCAAAGAGAACCAACCCAUUCACAAAGCAGGCUGACCCAACUGAUUAAUCGGAGCAACAGAAUCAGUUCUUCGAGCGAGUAA